UUCAACGUAGGACAGGCUUGACAUUAAUUAGUUUCCCGCCAGUAGACACAAGAAUGCAUCGCCCACCUGGUCGCCAAACUGCCAGGAGGAGGAGCAGUUCCACGAGUCUUGCCGUCAAGGAGGGUUCUCCACCAAGCAGAACCUAUCACCUACCAGCCAUGUUGAUUAUCCUGCUCGUCCUCAUCCAGAACUUUGAGCUGCACAUGUGCCGGCAAUUGAUGGUGUAUCCCGGCACCGACAAACGAUCCCCCGACAAGCUGCUCUCCAUUGGCGGCAGUGCAGCCGGAGAGGUGACAUUGCCGGAGGCCAACACUCCGGCGGAUGACAAGCGGGCGGGCGGAUCCAGGUCGGCCCCCAGCCAGCCGGAGGAGAUUUUCAGUGCCCCAGCCGACGAGGGCUACGACGAGUAUCCGAUGGUGGUUCCUAAGCGAGCAGCAUUACUUCUGGAUAGACUAAUGGUUGCCUUGCAUCAUGCCCUCGAGCAGGAAAGAAGUGAACAACGAAUCGGCGAAUUCUUCGGGGAUAGAAACUUAUUGGGUGGUAAAUUUGGCGAAUCCCACAACGGAAUGGAGCCCCACCAAGUCAGGGAGGAUGGCAUGUACAGCGACGACGAUUCGGGAACAAUGUUGGAUUAUGAUUUCAAAGAUUUAAACCAGAUCAAUCGCGCCACUGGCGAAACAUUAAUGCCAAAGAGCUUUCAGAGAAGAGCCGGCGCAGAUCGAUCUGGAACGUCCACCCAUUCCGGUUCCCCAGCUGGUUCCCGGCGUAUCCAACCAUCCGGAUCCGGCGGUGGACGAGCGUACUGGCGAUGCUAUUUCAAUGCCGUCAGCUGCUUCUGAAAAAACACCCAAAAAAAAGUCCAGCAAAAAGCCGUCUCUGGAGUGGACCACAUGCCACAAACCUUUCAAAUCCCAACUGAUCGUCAGAGAUGUGUUUAAGAACCCGUUUUGAAAUUGCUGCGCUGCUGUUGUGAGAGUUGUUCGCGCCAUUAACUGAAAUCCCCGAGUUCUGCAAUUGUAUCUAGUGGUAUCUGUAUCUAGUAUCUGUUUCUGUUUCUGUAAAUGUAUCUGUGCAUUUGUUACUCACUGUGAAUCUGCGUUAUAAAUAAACCACCAGCGAUAAGUCCAACGGCAUUCAUAAAUAAAUUAAUUCACACACCCAU